CUGGUGGGGCGGGAGGGAAUAGCAGCACCUGUGGAGGCGGCGGCGGCUGAUGCAGCUGAGGCUGUGGCAGCGGUAACUGGUUUAUCUGAGGCUGCCGAUGCUGCUGGACUUGGGGCUGCGCUGCCUGCGGAGGCUGGGGCGGCCGUGGCGGCGUCUUCUGCGGCGGGGGCGAUGGAGGCGCGGUCGGCGACAACGGCGGCGGGGACGGCGGGGGAAUCGUCUGCUGUUGGGACUGCCACCGCCUCUGACGGCGGCUUAAUUUCACCCUCCGCUGCGUGCCGGAGGGCAACACUGCUACCGGGGGGGGAGGCUGCGGAGGAAGCACAGGGGUGGGCUGACUCCCCGUCACCAGCAGCGGAGGCGGAGAUUGCGGCGGUCGUGGCUGACGCAGUGGGGCGACGGGAUGGACUCCUGGUCCGUGGUACAAUGCAGACCGCCGCCGUGUUCGCCGAAACGACUGCUGCUGUCGCUGACGAAGAUACGCAGGGGCACGACCAGCUCGUGGGCAGUAGACCGGGUCGCGGGAGCGGCGAGAUUGUCCGCGCCGCUCGUGGGAAGGGGGGGAAGAAGAUUCGAGCCCGGCCAGCGCCGAGACGGCCCGGAGCAGGGCUGAGACCCGCCGCCCCGGGACCCCUCCUGGGGUGGCUUCUGCAAGGGCAACCGCCACGAGCGCCAGGGCGUCAGUCGCCAUUAACGGAUGCCGAGACCGCACCACCCACGACUCAACGGGCAGCUACUGGGACACCGUCGGCGGGAGGGGAAGCAGCAGGAGCCCCGGAAACCGCAGGAACAGAGGCGGGAUCCGUGGCGACGAGAAGAGCAGCAGCAGGUGGAGCGGACAGCACAACGGGGGUGCAGGGAACCAGGCGCUCUGCGAGGCUGGGGGCUAUCUCCUGGGGACCGCCACGCGGUGGACGCACUCCCUGGAUGCCGGCGGGCCGCGGAGGAGAAAUCGGCACAGCGGGAACUGUCGGCGGAACUGGACGUGGGCAACGCGGAGGGGCCCGUGGGGGUUUCAGGGGGAGACGCGGGGGGCGGACCCCAAUGGUCAGAACGGAUGUCCCAGCGUGCACAGGCCCUUGGCGGGAGCGCCACAAUAGGCCUGAGACAGCUGCGGUGGCCUCGGCGAAUGAGGAGCGAAGAGAUGCUGACGAGCCAGGAUCGGACCCAGACUUUAUGAGCGGCGAGGAGGAGGCAUCCGAGGAAAUCUCCUUGGACGAUGAGACUGUACCAAGGAGGAACAACCCUGAACCCCCAGUGAGACAGACGGACGGGGGGGCCCAAGGAGAUCCAGCGGGGGGAGGAGCUACAGCCACGGAGGACACCGAUGUACCUUCGCCGUCCGACCUGGCGGAGGUUGACGCCAUCUGGCACGCUGCGGGCUGCCGGGACGUGAAGGUCCUGCAGAGGGGAGAUCAACCGUUCCUUGUCCGCCGUUUACCCCCGCCGAUCCUCGACCGAUAUUGGCUGUGCAUGCUGGCCGCCCUUUUCCGACUGGAUAAAUAUCCCAAGUGCCCUGGUGGCUGGAUGGUGCUACAAUUCUUUCCGAGGCUCACCCUCAGGCCAGCAGCCGAACCUGCUGUGGGCAGCCGAUGGACAGCUAUCGAGGCUCGGCUGCACAAGUUUCAGCGGGGCGAGUGGGAUGACCUUUUCGAGGAAGCAGGGGUCAUCCCCGACACAGGUGGCCCGCACGUUUCAGGCUACUAA